AUGCAGGAUGCGGGAGUUUGCAACAAUGAAAUGGACAAUAUUGCUAGUAAUAUGGCAAGUUAUUUAUUGCAAUCACGUGCAGGAAGUACAACAACAAAAUAUAAAAACUGUUUUACUUUAUUUGAAGAAUAUUGUAAAGUGAAUUCACUUACGGCACAACCCGCGAAACCAAUUAUUGUUGCUAUGUAUAUAGUGAACUUAUUAGAUCAAGGAAAGUCGUAUCACGUUAUUUCUUCGGCAUUUUAUGCAAUCAAAUGGGUACACAAGCUAAAUGAACUGUUAGAUCCUACUGAAAGUAGUAUUGUUCAAAAUUUGUUAGAAACAGCGAAGAGGAUUCGUUCUACGCCAACUUCAAAGAAAGAUGUGGUUGAUACUGAAAUGUUAAAAACUUUAUGUUCUUUGUAUGAAAAUUCUGUAGACGUUGUAGAAUUGAGAGAUCUUUCAAUGAUUUUACUAGGGUAUGCAGGAUUUCUCAGGUUUAAUGAACUGAGCAAUUUAUUAUGUAAAGAUAUAGAAUUUAAGAUUGAUCAUCUUAAUGUCAAAAUACAAAAAAGCAAAACCGAUAUAUAUAGAUCUGGCAAAGAAGUAUUAAUUGCUAAAGGCUCUUCUGUAGCUUGUCCGUAUUUAAUGUUGCAAAGGUAUAUGACCGCAGUUCACUUGUCAGAAACUUCAGAUAAUUAUCUUUUUAAACCUGCUUUUAGAUCAAAAGGAAAAUCUUCACUCAUCAAACAAAAUAAAAAAUUAAGUUAUACAAGAGCAAAAGAAUGUAUUGUGAAAAAGCUUAAGGUAGUUGCUCCUAAUCUUAAGUUGGGAACUCAUUCCUUAAGGGCAAGUGGUGCUUCCAUGGCUGCAAAUGCAUCGGGCGUUUCCGACAGGUGUCUUAAACGCCAUGGUCGAUGGAAAUCAGAUCAAGCAAAAGAUGGUUACAUUGAAGACUCGUUAGGAAAGAGAUUGUUUAUAACCAAAAUGUUAAAAAUGUAA